AUGGGGCAGGCAGAGAGCCCGCUGAUUGGUCAAGGCGUUGACCCGUUCACGUCGAACGUGGUGUCCGAGCCGGUGCCGGUGUAUCUCUCCGUUAUGCUACGGAAGCUCAUCACCGUUGAUGAGCUCAAGUACAGCUACAGCGCGUACUUUCAGGUCGUCACGUCGUGGCGCGAUCCCCGAGUGAACAACACGCUGGGAGUGAUGAAGGUGAUGGAUCAGUUCGCGCCGGACCUGGUGGCGGACGCCAUGAGCAACUGCAAGCCCAACGUCACCUUCGCGGGCUUCAACAUCAGCCAGAAAUCUGACUGCAUAGACGGAUUCAGCCAGACGGGGCUGCCGCAGCUCAAGGACUGCAAGAAGCCAUGCACACCGGCAGGCACGCGGUGCUGCGAUGGCGUGUGGCUGCCCUCUCUCAACAUCCCCAACGUCAUCUUCUUCCCGCAAGACCGAUACGCCACUGAGAGCAUCUACUUCUUCGGCGACAUAGGCCCGGACAUGAGCGCUGUGGACCGCGAGGUGGUCGUGGAAGGCGAGUUCUCCUCCCCGUUCAACUUCCAGCGCUUCCCCUUCGACACACAAGACCUGCGGUUCACAGUGACGGUGGAGAGCGGCAACAUCUACCUGGUGACGUCCAACUCGGGGCGGCAGCAGGAGCAGGCGUCCAAGGGCCUCAGCGGGGGCGGCGGGGGGGGCUUUUCCUCGGACGAGGUCACGGGCUGGCGCAUCAGCCGCGUGGGACUCAACUGCUCCGCCAGUUCUUCAAACACCGCAGUCUCGGAUCUCGCUAACUAUGCCCAAGAUGACCCGUGGGCGCAGGUGAGCAGCAGUGGUGGGGCAGCAGACCCAUCGAAGCCCACCACGUGUGUGUUUGUCAUCUCCAUCUCGCGCACCAGUGGCGUCUACGUCCUCUCUGUGAUUCUCCCGGUGAUGCUGAGCGUGUAUCUGACCUUCUCAGUGUUCUUUGCCAAGCCAGAGGACCUGGAGGUCCGCUCUGCCACCUGUGUCACGCUCUUCCUCGCCCUCGCCGCCGUGCAGUUUGUCAUUGACAGCCAGCUGCCGCGCACGUCAGCCAUAACGCAGUUUGGGUACCUUGUAAUCACGUCCUACAUCUUCAUCAUGCUCACAACCAUCGAGACUGUUAUCGUCUUCUGGCUCUCCGACCGGAUAGAAAAGGACGUGGUGGCGUCAGUGAGCAAGCGGUUUACAUCGCGCCGAGACACGCCGCCCACGCCAUCAUCGCACGACACGUACAACACGCUCUCGGUGGAGCUCAUGAAGUCACAGCCGCCGCCUCCCAGCGGCGGGGAGGGAGGGAGUGAGACGAGCGCGGAGGAGCGGGACAACGGGGAGGCGAAGCCGCCGAGCACGGGUGGACAGGCGAUGGGGCCUUCUGAUGGGCACGGGGGGGUUGAGAAGCCGCACGAUGAUAUCAAGUGCAACCCAAGUGUCUGGCCUUGGGGAUGCCUUCAUCGCUGUGGUUACCGUUACAAGUCGAAGACAGAGGGACACGAAGAUGAGGCCAAUUAUAAGCUUGCGGUUGCGAUUGAUGCUGUUUGUUUCGUCGUCUUCUUCGUUGCGUACACAGUAGUGUGCAUCGUGCUUUAUGCGUAA